AUGGCUCUGAGACUGUCCGCGACGAGGUCAAUCCUCUCGCGGGCGACCCAAUGCCCGCUCCCACGGCGGCCGACGACGAAUCGACUUCUCAAAACUGCCGCCGCCAUGACCGCCGUACCGUGUAACCGCCGGCUUUUCUCAACGACGCCCGUCGCGCAGACGAAGACAAUCAUGGCGCACCGCCUGCCUGGGGAGUUGAUCCCACCAUACCCCUACGGCGAGCGGCGGCUCUACAAGCAGUCGAACCGGGGUCUGUAUGGCAGCGCGCGGAUUCGGUACGGUAAUAUCGUCGCGGGCCGGGGCAAUAAGACGCGCACCUUUUGGCGGCCCAACGUGCACGUCAAGAUCUUCCACGUGGCGGCCCUCGGCGCCCGCAUCAAGACGCGCCUGACGCUGCGAGUACUCAAAUCUAUCCGUCGCGAGGGCGGCCUCGAAAACUACUUGCUUAAGAGCAAGCCCGCGCGCAUCAAGGAGCUCGGCCCCGGCGGCUGGAACAUGCGCUGGCUGCUCAUGCAGAGCCAGGCGAUCCAGCGCCGCUUUAACGACGAGCGCAUCGCCCUCGGCCUCGAGCCCAAGGAGGUUGAGGAUAGGGACGAUUUGAUCCGCUUCGCGCUCGAUUGGGCCACCCCCGGCGCCCUCAGUCUCCGCAGCAAGGACACGCUCGAGGCACUACGGACCGCCUUCCACCGGGGGCUGGUCCUGGGCAACGAGGAUCUGGAGAGUAUCGAGGACGUCGAGGAGCUGUCGGACGAAGACGAGGCGAGCUUGCUUCAGCAGCUGGAAGAGGCGGAUGCGGAGGGGGAUCCCGAGGCUGAGACACAGGCUGAACAGAAGCAGCCGCAAUUGUAA